AUGGAUUAUUUCAGAGCUAUGUUGUUGACCAGUGAAGAACCAAUAUGGGGCCCUGGUGAUUCUGAAAGUAUACAAUUAAAGCGAGAUGAAGAUCUCUAUAAGCAAGAGAUGGUGAGAUUGGAAAAUGAUCUAACUGAAUUAGAAAGUACUGUUGAAGAUUUACGAGGCAGUGUCAUUAAUAGAAAAACUCGUGUUAACAUGUGUGAUGUAGAAAACAUGGCCUUGAUCUUAAGUAAAUCUAGACGCCAACAACAGAUUCACUUUAAUGAUGUUGACUUUGAAUUCAUUUAUAGCAAAACGGUAGCAGAUUUAAAAACGAAGUUCCCAAAUCUCAAGAGAGUCUUAAAGGCUUGUUGA